ACUGCUGGUGAUUGAGGGGCCGGACAGGGGAUCUCAAUUUUGUGACUUGGCCACACAAUUGUAUUCUGAAGUGAGUUUUACACAAUCUGCUUUGUUCUAAGCAACAUGGCCACAGACUGUGCACUUCGUUAUAUAGAGUUGGCACUUGAUGUUGUGCACAAGGUUCUUCUCGUGAUAUCAUUUCUGUGCACGUUGAAUCAUAAAUUCCUCGCAAAGUAUUUUGCAGGCAUCUCUCAAGCCCUUUUAUGGAUGUAUUUAAGCAUAGUCCCGGGGCUCAGGCCCUUUUUAGCGAUGAUGAGUUAUUGUUCUUGGAGUCUUCUUUGGCAACGGGGUUGGUCUCGUUCAGAUAUUCCGCAUCGAACUCACCAUUAGGGAACGCAGAUAACCCAGAAUGUACUGCUUAUAUGUUUUUAUAGUAGGUAAGGCUCUUAGACACUCCCCUAGAGUAUUACUAUUCGCAUUUGUAACUACAUGCUCGACCCUACACAGUACCGAUACGUAUCUCUUAUAACGUCUAGUAAAAUAAAGC